UGACGCCGUUCCGACAUUUACGGCGCAAGGAUUGCUUACAAUGCAUCACAAUGCACAAGGCCCUAUAUACAACAAUGCAUUGUGUUGUGAGAGGGGGCUGUGAGAUCUGUGAGAUAUAAACUUGUUAUAGCGUGUUUUUGGGCGAAAAGAUUCUUGUGUUGUUGCCGUGAAGAGUGCCUGUAUACUUAUUAAAAUGUGUGAUGAGAAUAUACUCACCGAUUUGCUGCCUGUUUAUUAUAGUAGGCUGUUUCCAAGUGACAAGUUUUGCAAGUGGCUGAGCUAUGGGGGUGAUGUCCCAAACUAUCUAGACCGGCGAGAAAUGUCCUUCACACUGGCUGAUGAUGUCUACAUCCGGUACCAGUCUUUCAAAGAUGCAGAAGAGUUUCAGCAGGAGCUCAAGAAAAAGUGUCCACACAAGAUCGAUAUUGGUGCAGUGUAUAACCACAAGCCCAAGGAACGGAACUCUGUGGCCGUUUUCCAGCCGCAGGAGAAGGAGCUCGUCUUCGAUAUCGACAUGACCGACUACGACGACGUCAGAACCUGCUGCAGCGGCGCCGACAUCUGCCACAAGUGCUGGAAGUUCAUGACCAUCGCCAUCAAAUGCAUAGACGACACGCUGCGAAAGGACUUUGGCUUCCACCACCUGCUCUGGGUGUACUCGGGACGGCGCGGCGUGCACUGCUGGGUGUGUGACGCCGCCGCCCGCCGGCUCAGCCAGCAGGCGCGCGGUGCCGUGGCCGAGUACCUGCAGCUCAUCAAGGGCGGACAGAAUCAGGCCAAGAAGGUCUCCAUCGGCGCACAGAUGCACCCCAUGGUCGAACGGUCAGUGAAGACGUGCCGACAGUACUUCCGAACUGUCUGCCUUGAUGAGCAGGACAUCUUCGCCUCUACCGAACAGCACACGACGCUGCUGAAGCUAAUCCCGGACGAUGCCACGCGCAAAGAGCUGGCCACCUCGUUCCUCAAGCUAAAGACCUCCAAGGACAAGUGGGAGGAGCUGGAGGGAGUCUUCACCAGGAAUCUCCAUUCGGGUAAACUGAGCCGCUCGACGAGCCCCCGUCUGCUCGAAGAGAUCAUCCUCCAGUACACCUACCCCCGCCUGGACAUUGAGGUCACUAAGGGGCUGAACCAUCUGCUGAAGGCGCCCUUCUGCGUCCAUCCCAAGACGGGCCGCGUGUGUGUGCCCAUGGAGGCGCGCGCGGCAGACAAGUUCGACCCGAUGGCUGUCCCGACAGUCAGUCAGCUGGAGUCGGAGCUGAACGAAGCGCUGAAGAACCAGGAGGCGCCGCCGGCCGACGUGUCGCAGCCCAUGCUGACCAGUCUGAAGCCGGCCAUGCAGCUCUUCAACAAGUUCCUGGCCGGUCUCGACCGGGAGCGGUCGACGGUUAACAAAAAGGACGACCCGAUGGAGUGGUGAUACGACUCGGCUCUCGGCAUUCUUCGCUUGUUUAUUAUUGUACACAAAGUCGCCGAACUGUCACUCACAAUACACACAUACAUACAUACAUACAUACAUACGAGUACAACGUGUUCACACAAACAGGUAUCGCUCACACGCCCUCUGGGAGCGCUGUCAUGAUCGUCACAGAAAAAUAAAACAUAUACAUCUGG